AUGCCCUCUAGCAACGAUACAUGCUAUCCUGGCUCUAACUCUAGACUAGAUGCUGUCACAGAAGCGGUCGUCUACGAAACGGCAGAAUCACCCGAGACAAAUGACUCUGAGGACGAUGCUGAGUGUAUCUCAACAGACGGUUGCAACUGUCAAACCCAAAUCCAAAAUGCGAGAAACGGUCUACUACGUCUCUCUGAUAUUGCUGACGACACAACUCCAGAAGGGAAAUGA